CCUCCCAACUCCCAAGCACACAUCGCGGUUGAAGUUGGAGAGAGGUAUGCGUUGAUGUGGAGAGGAGCUGUGGAAGUGUGAGGGUUUUGCUAAAACCUCAUCGUUGUCUUCUUCAAAGCUCUCUUUAAUUUCGAAAUGAAUGCGCUGCGCCGAGCAUCACGAGUGGUUGCUUCUUCGGCCACUGUGACGGAGCGCCUUGUUUCAUGUCCCACAACCUUCAUUCGUCAGUCCUAUGCCACUGCUGCCCCUCGUCAGAGAUCCAAACGCGUCGACGAACCUUCGCCCCCUUCAAAAGACGUCGCCGUUUCUGAAAGACAAAGGCCCAGAGAGAUUCCGUAUCAGCCCAAGGCUGCAAAUUUCGUCAACCUCAUUGGUCAAGUCCAUAUGCCAGUUCAGUUUCAAACUUCUCCCGAUGGCAAGACUUGGGCUACCACCGUUAUUAUACGGGAGCUCACUUCUGAUUCUUCCCAUCUUUGGAUUCCGGUAAAAUUUGAGGGGGAUUUGGCUCAUGUUGCCGCUUGCCAUCUGAAAGAAAAUGACUACAUACAUAUUGCUGGAGAGCUCAAUGCAGGUUCAUCUUAUUCAAAUGAAAGUAAAGGCCAAAGCAAUGUUCAGGUUUUGGUACAAAGCCUCAACUUUGUCCGUGGAUAUCCUUUAUUGAAGGAAAUAUCUGCAGCAUCAAAGCAACAGGGGAUCUCAGAUUCAUCUGACAGUACAAAGAAGAACUCUGGCUGUACAAAGAACUCUGGCUCUGACCCUUUGUUGAGUUCUUGGAGAGAACUUCUGAAAGAUCCUAAGGAAUGGUGGGACUGCCGGGACAGUAAGCGCAAACGAUUGGUAAAUUUUAAUCACCCUGAUUUCAAGCGCAAGGAUGGGACUCUCUCACUGUGGCUUGAUAGGGCCCCAAUAUGGGUUCUUUCUGAACUUGAAGGAUUGGAAUUUGAUGCUUUGAUUCUGAAAUCCAAGCAAGCAAAGGAACAGAAUGGUUCGGAUCUGAAAUCCAAACAAGGAAAUGAACAGAAAGAUGAUGCAAGUUGGAGAGGCGUGGUGGAAAACCCAGAUAAAUGGUGGGAUAAUAGAUCAAAUAAGAAAAAUGAAAGAUAUCCUGACUUCAAGCACAAAGAAACCGGUGAAGGAUUGUGGCUGGAUAGUUCCCCAAGUUGGGUAUUGCCAAAGUUGCCACCCAUAAAGGCGAAACAAGUAGAACCUAGUACCAAACAAAACCUGGUUUCAUGAGAUGACAGCACAGAAUCAGUUCUUUUCACCAUGCUCAUGUUUGACGUUCCUCUGUUGGUGGCAUUCUCUUUUUUGGGAAAAUAACUACAAAGUCCCUUGAGAGAUUCUACUUACCAUAAAAUCCUAUGAAGUGUGCAAAUUACCCUCAAAUCUCAAAUCCUUUGUUAAUAAAUUUUAUGUAUAAUUACUAAAAUACCAUUAUUUUAUGUAUAAGGCUAAAAUUCCCUUGUAUCCCCAUUGCUGUCCAUCCAGCCACUGGGCACCUGCUAGCAGUUGGAGCUCCACUGACCGUCUGUGGAUGGGUUGACCUUUUUUUUUAAGAGAAGUAAAAUAUGAGUAUUUUAGUAAUUAUGCAUAAAAUUUAUUAAUAAAUAAAGGAUUGGGAUUUGAGGUAAUUUGAGCAUUCCAUGGGACUUUAUGGUAAUUAGAAUCUCUAUGAGAGCCUUUAUAGUGAUUUUCCCUUCCCCCACACAAAUCACCACGACGACUUCAUGACGUUCUGAUUUUUAUCUUCACAAAUUUCCUUUUAUACUGAUUUCUCAUGAAUCGGUGUACAAGUUGUCUCUUAGGACAAUUAUGAUGACUGUUGGAAGUUUGAGACAAUGGUGGAUCUCCUGCACAUUUGAUGUUCAGCUGAUACAUACAAUGGGCCAAAUGUGAAUUCUAUUGUGAUCUUUACAAUUCCAAAGGGAAACAGUUAUCAA